CAAUGAAGAGUCUUGGUGGCGUGUUAAAUUGCGAUCCAGACGUGAUGAAGCCGUCGACUGUCAAGUCCGACAUCCUUCGAGAAUUCAACUCGGCUAUCGUGGGAGCCUCGCAUGGAGAGGGUUAUGACAACACUGAAUUCAAUGUGGGUGUGAGCGGAAGGACCAGCUUAGAUAUGCCACGACAAGCACAAGAUCUUAUCGAUAGGAUGAGAAAUAAACUUGAUA